GGCGAUGACUCUGGGGAGUGCUGCCGGGAAGAUGCCUAAAAAGAAGCGGGAGAAUCUGAGCGUGGCUCAGGAGAUAGAUGGACUCGAAGAGAAGCUGUCCCAGUGUCGGAGGAGCCUGGAGGAAGUGACUGGCCGCCUUCGCACAGAGGAGCUGAGCCCGGAAGCCAGGAGAGCGCUGGAGAAGGAAAAAAACAACUUGAGGAACAGAGCCUGCGGCUACGAAAGGGAGCUGAAGUCCCUCCGGAGAGAGAACUGUAAGAACACACUGCUGUCCGUAGCCAUCUUCUUGCUCAUUCUGCUCGUCUAUGCCUACUGGACCAUGUAGCCCUGCUGGUUUCCACCGCAAGCCACAGGAAGCCACCACGCUUUUGGAGACCGGGGCGAGAAUGGAAAGUCAGAUCCUCUUUCUGGACUCUUACCUGUUGCUUCCCCGAGAUGCCAGCCUGCCUGCCCAAGGACACUAGGAAGCCCCUGCCUCAUAUUCAAGCCUCCCAGCUUCUGGGGUCUGGACGUCUGCGGGGAAAUGACUCUUCCCAGGGAGAAUGGCGAAUAAAGAGUGUUUAGAAUAAAAAAA